AUGUCUGGUGAGAAGAAGGCACAGGAGGGUGAUGCAGCCUGGACGCCCAGCUCGUGGCGGACGAAGCCCAUUCGGCAGAGCGCCGAGUACGAGGAUGCAGAGGCGGUGGCACGGGCGACGGCCGAGCUGCGACGGCUUCCACCGCUGGUGCACGCGCGGGAAAUUGCACGCCUGAAGCAGCACCUAGCAGCAGUGGCACGAGGUGAGGCGUUUCUGUUGCAGGGCGGCGACUGUGCAGAGCUGUUUGACUACUGCGAGGCCGGGGCGAUUGAGAGCAAGAUCAAGCUGCUGCUGCAGAUGAGUCUGGUGCUGAUCUGGGGUGCCGACAAGCCGGUGGUGCGAAUCGGCCGGAUGGCCGGGCAGUACGCGAAGCCGCGAUCGAGUGCGCACGAGACGCUGGCCGACGGCCGUGUGGUCCCAUCGUUCCGCGGUGACAUCCUCAACGGACACGAGCUGGACGAGCGGACGCUGGACCCAGGGCGGCUCGUGCAGGCGUAUCACCACUCGGCGGCAACGCUCAACUAUGUGCGGUCGGCGAUCGGGUCGGGCAUUGCGGACUUGCACCGGCCGCUGGACUGGGACCUGGGCCACGUGCGCGACCCGGUGCUCAAGGCCAAGUACUCGGAGGCGGUGGCGUUUCUGACCGACAUGCUGCGCUUCAUGCACACGAUCGGGGCCGAUCGGAACGACAAGCUCGACACGGUAGACCUGUACACGAGCCACGAGAGCCUGGUGCUCGAGUACGAGGAGCCGCUGACGCGCACAGACGGGUCGACCUACUACGACACGUCGGCACACUUUCUCUGGAUCGGCGACCGCACGCGGCAGGUGGACGGCGCCCACGUAGAGUUUCUCCGCGGCGUGGCCAACCCGGUGGGCGUCAAGGUAGGCCCGACGACACCGCCGGCCGAUCUGCUGACGCUGCUGCGCCGGCUCAACCCCGACGGCGAGCCAGGCAAGGUGACGCUGAUCACGCGGUACGGUGCCGGACGGGUGCGCGAACUGCUGCCGGGCCACAUUCGAGCGGUCGAGGGCAGCGAGUUCCGCGGCCGCGUCGUGUGGCAGUGCGACCCUAUGCACGGCAACACGCAGACGACGGCGACAAACGUCAAGACGCGGCACUUUGCCGACAUCGUGGCCGAGCUGCGGGCCACGCUGCAGGUGCACACGGACGAGGGCAGCUACCUUGGCGGCGUGCACCUGGAGCUGACGGGCGACGCCGUGACCGAGUGUCUGGGCGGCAGCGAGGGUCUCGACGAGGACGACCUAUCGACCAACUACACCACCUUUUGCGAUCCGCGCCUCAACCAGAAACAGGCUCUCGAGAUGGCCUUUCUGAUCGCGGAUCAUCACCGACAGGUCCGACAGGGAGGAGAGGAGGAGGGUGGAAUGCAGUCCUGA